AUCUGUGCUUUUAACGAUCUAUGUUCUGACUCACUGAAUUGUUGAUAUCUAUUCUAUAACACUUUCAUAACAAGAGUAUAAUGUCAUUAAUUCUACACACCUUAUAUUCCAUAUUACAGUUCAGAAGACAUUUGUUUCAAAUACUUUUUUUCAAAAAGUGUUUUGAUUUUUUGAAUGUGGAUUAUCCCAACAUGAUGGGUAUGUAGGGAGUGGGCAGGAAAGUCGUGUUCAGAUUCUGAGCUCUUAAAGAAUAGUUUUAAUCCACCCUAGGUUGAAAGAGAUAGAAUUCUCUCGGUUUUUUUUAAAUGACCUUGCAUGAAAUACUUAGUAGUCUAGCCUCAAUCACACAUUUUCAUUUACCUGUUCAUUCAUUUAAAUAUUUGUUGGGUACUUACAUGUAAGCACUGUAUUAGACCCCAGUAACAGGCUAGUAAUGCUCCCUAUCCUCAAGGAGUUAGUUAGUUCAUAGUUUAAUAGAGAACACAUGUAAAGAAAAAAAUUGCGGUGUAAUUGAUCUGUCUGUGCCUCAGUUUCCUUCUCUGUAAAACACUGGCAUAGUAUGUAUACUCACCCCAUGGUGUUGAGAAGAUUAAAUGGAUUAAUAAUAUUAAAAUGCUUAGAACAGAGCUUUGCCCUGUCAGCUACUGUUAUCAAUAACUAAUGUGAUACGUCUAUAACAGAAGUGUUGUACAAGGUAGAGUGGAGUGUCAGCAGCCCUAUUUUGAGGAGGUUGGAAUAGGCUUUACAGAAGCCCUGGAUCUUGAAGGAUCAGGAGGAGUUUUUUGGAUAUUGUAAAGGAAUGCAAGAAAGUACAUUGCAGGCAGAGGGAAAAUUGCAUGAAAACAUAGGCAGAUAUGAACCGGGCUAGUACAUUCAGGAAACAGAAUAGACCAGAAUGGUUGGAAUGCAUGACACAAAGUGGGGAGGAGGUUGGAGUGGGGGACAUGUAAUGGGUGGUGUCAAUGUAGAAACUAGAUUAGGAACAGUGCCUUCACAUCAGUCUCGUCUAAAAGCUAUGAGUUGGUUCAGCUCCCAAAGCGCCUGUUGUGAGCCAGGCACCAUGCUAAACUAAAUCCAAGAGAUACAAAGGUGUCAGGCCUGCUACGUGGUAUCUCUGUUGAGCAACUAAAAAUCCUCAGUUAACAGCUCUGUGCUGAUAUAAAAAACCCCUGCCACAGACCCUGGAAGUGGGUGGGUGAGAGCUAAGAUUGAAACCCAAGAGGGAAUCCUGAGAUAAGGGAAUUAAAGAAAUGGAUUGCCAGCAUCUGAUACCCUGUGCAUUCUGAAGCAGACAGGAACGUUUGCUUCAGGGAAGUGAAUGCAUAAAAAUACAACCAACUGACAUCCAGCCUGACAUAUUCAGCUAUUUGUUGCACAUUAUGUACACGGGGAAAGGGCCAAAACAGAUUGUGGAUCACAGUCGUUUGGAGGAAGGGAUUCGAUUUCUUCACGCCGACUACCUUUCUCACAUUGCGACUGAAAUGAAUCAAGCGUUCUCACCAGAGACUGUGCAGUCCUCAAAUUUGUAUGGCAUUCAGAUCUCAACGACCCAAAAGACAACUGUCAAGCCCGGGCUGGAGGUCAAGGAAGCUCCUUCCAGUAACAGUGGCAACAGAGCUGCUGUCCAGGGUGACCACCGCCAGUUGCAGCUCUCUCUGGCUAUCGGGCUGGAUGACGGCACUGCAGAACAGCAGAGGGCCCGUCCUGCCGCCCAGGCCUUGGAGGGGCGCCAGGAGCCCCCAGUGUCCAUCAAGCAGGAGACAUAUGACCCAGAGUCUGCGCUCUCCCAGAGCCACCCCUCACCCUCAUCUGAGGUGACAGGCCCCACUUUCACCGAAAGCAGCAUCAAAACACACUUGUGCCAUUACUGUGGGGAACGUUUUGAUUCCCGUAGUAACCUACGGCAACAUCUCCAUACCCAUGUGUCUGGAUCCCUCCCAUUUGGUGUCCCUGCUUCCAUUCUGGAAAGCAAUGACCUUGGUGAAGUGCAUCCACUUAAUGAAAAUAGUGAGGCCCUUGAAUGCCGCAGGCUCAGCUCCUUCAUUGUCACAGAGAAUGAGCAGCAGCGUGACCACUCAAACCAGAGUGCCACAGAGCCUCUGCAGAUCAGUCAAGUGGCUUUGAUCUCCAAAGACACAGAGCCAGUAGAAUUAAACUGUAAUUUUUCUUUCUCAAGGAAAAGAAAAAUCAGCUGUUCCAUCUGUGGUCAUAAAUUUCUCCGAAAAAGCCAGUUGCUAGAACACAUGUAUACACACAAAGGUAAAUCUUACAGAUAUAACCGAUGCCAAAGGUUUGGCAAUGCGUUAGCCCAGAGAUUUCAGCCAUAUUGUGACAGUUGGUCUGAUGUCCCCCUGAAAAGUUCUCGCUUGUCACAAGAGCAGUUAGAUUCACCUUGUGCCUUAGAGUCAGAGCUCACGCAAGAAAAUGCAGACACUAUCCUUGUGGAGUAGCAGUUUCUCCUUCAUGAAGUUUAUACCCAUUUGGAAAAAGAAAAUUCACAUGCAUUUUUAUUCAUGAAUUAUUUUCCUCCUCCACUUCUAUUAACUUUUUUUCUUUACCAUUGAUUCACAGUUUUAAGGUUGUAUAUAUGAGGUCUUCUUAUUGUAAGAUAUACAUAUGGCUAUUAAAAUGUAGCCUUCAAGUAGAGCUAUGAACAUUUGUAAAUCAUAAUUUAGAAAUCAGAAAUCAAUGUAGGAACCAUGGAACUUUAAAUAUUUAUAGAAUUUCUAAGUUGUAGUGAAUCAGUAAAACCAAACUGAAAAUGAAAUAAAUGAAAUAUUUUUUAAAGAACA